AGUAAUCGGAAACAUAGCGAAUAAAUUAAAGUUGACUGCUAGUAAAAAGUAAUUGUGUUUACAAGUUAGGCAACUGUUUUAUUUGUAGUCAUUGCGUAUUCGUUUUCAAUGACACCGAUGACGUUAUUGGAACGGCUUUAAAUUUAGAGAAAAAUCUCUAGAUCUGCAAUCUACAUGGUCAAGGAGUCAAUGUGAGUUCACUUUGAUGAUAAAAAUCUGUUUUGUGCUGAGUUGGAAACAGAACUUCAGCCACCAUUAAAUGAGGCAUUCAAAUACCUCGGAUUCAAACACUAGUGUGUACAUUUCUGUUAAAUGGAGGAUGAUAAACGCAUUUAAGACUGAGUCAAGUGACAUUUGAAAAUAUGAAUCCCAGUCAUAAGCAAAAUCUCAGGUCUAACUCAAGAGAUAAUGACUUCAGCGAUGAAGAGCAGUUUGAAAGAUUUUAUCCACCUUACAAACAGGAAAGUCAGGUGGCAGUGGGUGAUGACUCUCCUGUCGAGGCUCACAGCCACGAUUUGGACCUGCAGUUUAACCUGCAGGAAUCAGCGGAAAAUACGUCAUACGCUGAGCAACAGUACAACAAAAGUGACCGGUAUUAUGCGGUCUCUGCACUGACAGAUGGCAUACCUGGUAAAAGUGACGUCAAGCCACCACCUGAGGCACAGAUAUUGACAGACAGACCAGUGCCUCUGUUCCGUGCCAUUUCCUUUAAAUUUGAUUGGUCAGCACCAUUUGAUAUUGAAUACUCAAACUCUGUCCAUGUGCACAUGGUUGGGUCAGCUGAUCACCGGGUCAGACUUGUGGAUGCAAUACACAAUAACGACGUGGACACUUGUCGAGACUUGCUGCUUAAAAAAAAGCUGAAUCCGAAUUUCAAUGUGCAGAUGAUAAGUCCCAUCUGCCGUGCGGCCGCCAUGGGAAACGUUGAGAUUUUGAACUUGCUGCUAGAUGCGGGAGCUGACCCUAAUACACCAAACAGCGAUGACCUUUUGUGGGAAAGGCGCCCCAUUCACAUUGCAGCAUCCAAAGGACACUUGAGUGCCCUGCAGCUUCUAGUGCAGAGAGGAGCCCACAUUAACCAGCAUGACAGUGAUCACAGAACACCUCUGCACUGGGUUGCCAUGUAUGGUCAAGCUCACAUGAUCAGGUGGAUGAUAGAAGCAGGUGCCUCAGUGAAUGCAACACAAACAGAUGGGUUCACUCCCCUUCACACAGCCUCUUGCCUUGGCCAUAAAGACGUGUGCAGGUUACUGGUGGAGGAAGGUGCUGACAUCAUGUCCCAGCUGGACCAUGAUGGCUGGACUCCCCUGCAUACAGCUGUCUGCUAUGGCUACAUUGAAAUAGUGCAGCUGUUCUUGGACAAAGGUGCCAACCCCUGUGAUGUCACUGUCUCUCAGUUAGACAGCACUCUACACAUAGCCUGCAGCAAGGGAAAUGUGGACAUCAUAAAUCUUUUAUUAAAAAGGGGAGUACCAAUUGAAGGAACAAACAUCUAUGGUGCCACCCCCCUUCACACAGCAGUGUACUAUAACCAGGGGUAUGCUGCCUAUCACCUCAUCAAAGCUGGAGCUAAUGUUAAUGCAAAAAACUUAUCAGGUAAGUCACCUGUAUACCAGGCAGCUGUCCACUGUGAAAUGCAAACCCUGCAGUCACUCAUCAAAGCAGGUGGCCAGGUGACGAAAGAUGUCCCGCUACCCUUGGACAACAACAUUGAGGUAGACGUGCAGCCACCAACGCUCAAACUGUUUUGUUUGCUUGUCAUCAGGCAAGCCAUGGCCCCAAACCUACAAGAUCAUGCAGCGUUGUUGCCUAUUCCUGAUUCUCUCAAACGAUCCUUAACAAUGCAGGACAUGAACUUUAGAGUUUCUGAUAGACAUGGGUGUCCAACUGUCGUUGCACCUGAUCCCGAUGUUAUUACCAGUGAUGACUUGAAUGCACUCAUUUGGAUGUCAAACAUUUCAUAAGAUCAUUUACAGCCAACA